AUGUUGUUGCUUUCAGCAUCCACAAAUCCAAAUGACAAUGAAGAAGCCGGCAACCAGAAUGGUGGAAAAUAUGCUCUCAAUGCCAUGAGAAUGAUACUCCAGCAAUCAUGGGAUACUGAAACCAUGGGAGAAAUUCCAGCGGAUGCCAAUGUUGGUGCCAAGGAAGCCUUUGAAACGAUUCAACGAGCCCAUGCCGACGGAGUUUCUGUUUGCUUUGUGGAUUUGCUCUUGCCAGCAUACGACAUCAAACAAGGACCCGAACUAUAUGAUGAAGUCAUGGCUGUGGAAUACUGUAUUGCUCUAUCCGAGUUCUUGGAUGGGAACACAGAAAUUCUGGUGAAAGAUGACAAGGUUCGCAACACUGUCUCCCGCAUCUUGGAGGUCCGUGAAAAGGAGGCGGAAGAAGAACGAGAACGAGCCGCACAAGAGGCGGCCAGAGAACGGGAGCGACUGGUAGUGGAGGCAGCAAAGCGAGAAGCUGAAGUCAAGCGGAAAGCAAUGAUUCGGGAUCAGAUUCUAGCCAAAGAGGCGGACGAUGAAGGGAGUGAAGACGAAGACGAAGAUAAUGAAAAUGACGAUGGUGGUGAUGAACCAUCCGGUGAAAGUGCCGAUGCUUCUGACCUCGAUGCUUUUCGACAAAGUCUCAUGGCAAGCUGGGACAGUGAAGCCGAUGAUGUGGAACUAGAAUCGAAAGAAGAAGCGCCAUCAGAGCUUGGUGAUAGAAUCGUGGAUUCUGAUUCGGCUGGUGAGCCGAGGGAAGCAAUCGAUGAAGAGGCCGAGACUGAAGUAUCAGCUACUACCCCAGUUACCUCUACUCCAUAUGUCAAACGAUAUCGACUUGCCACUCUCUUUGGCAACCGUGAGAUUAAGAAAUCAAGCGAGAUGAUGGAGCAGGUGGUCGAGACGAUUCGCCAAAAUGCCUUGCCACAAGAGGAUGAGAAGAACAUGGUCAUCUUGUCGUCCCUCAGCAUUCAAGAGACAGUUGCAGUCAGAAGUCUUGUCGACAAGUAUCAAUCGCAGAAGAAUAUUAUCCUGGUGAAUUGCAAGCUAGAUCCAUUGCCACCAGAAUUGAGAAGCGCCCAAACAGUGUACAGCAUUUUCCCAUUGAUCGCCAAGCCAAAGGGGCCUGUGGAAUCAUCGGAUGAGAAGCCACCAAGAGUGGUUGUGUUGCGCCGAUAUCCGAAACCUUGGGAAAUAUACGUCGAUAUUGGAGAAGGCUUCCAACUAGCCGAUAGCAUCUCUCCUACAAGUCAAACGAAACGGGAGCUUCCAUUAGAGCUCAUUACAGAUUCAGUAAGGAAAUGGCUUCGAUAG